ACCAUUCUAUCUCUCUCUUGACGGAUCAUCUUCUCUCUUUCUCUCCCGAAUCCUCGACGAUAUCGAAUCUCUCCGGUGAUCUCUCCUCGGCGCUGAUCUCUCCUCGGCGGUAUCUCUCGUCGACGGAAUAAGCCGGCGUCUCUCUCGGUCGAAUCUUCGACUCUGUCGAAUCUUCGACUCUGUCGGUCUCCUCGGCGACUCCGCUUCUCUGUCGAUCUCGUCAAGUGUCGGCGUCUCUCUUGCGAUCCUCGACAGCUCUGCUUCGGUGUCGGUCUCGUCGAUGAUUCACACUCCUUUCUCGCGAUCCUCGACGACUCCGCCUCCCUAUCUUGGUCUCCUCGACGCAUCCACGUCUCUCUAGCGAUCCUCGACGACUCCGCUUCUCUCUCUUGGUCUCCUCGAUGACUCUGCAUGUCUUUCGCAGUCGUCGACGCUCUCUGGCCCGUGGCUAUCAUCGAUUAAAUCAAAUCGAAAGAUGGACGGAUGAAGCUACAUGAAGACACCUGAAGGUUCGGCAAAGCAGAGGUCUACAAUUGGUGUACAGGUGAGAAAGUGAAGUUUGAAGUGAAGCCUUGUCAUGUUUGAAGUCAAGUCUUGAUCUCAGUCUGGUGCUACUAGAGAAGUCACGGACUGAGAAAAGUCACGAAGUGGUGUAUUUUAUUGUACUGUCUUCUAGUGUCAUGUGUAUUGUAGUGUCACGGCGUGGUGUAUUGUAGUGUCUUCUAGUGUCAUGUGUCAUGUACUGUCUCUUGAGAAAUGUCUUCUAGUGUCAUGUGUACUGUCUUGUAGUUGUGUCAUUGUGUUUGUGUCACGGACUUUUAAAUCUCAAGCUCAUUGUUGUUUUUUUUAUGCUUGUGUCUAUAUAACCAAACACAUGCGACUUCUAACAGCAUCAAAGCCAUCUCCACUCUUUUAACAACAUUUCAACUCUCUUUAAUCUCAAGCGAGUUCUACUUUCUUUACAUCUCCACUCUCUUUACACAAAGCCAUCUCUUUCUUUACAUCUCCACGUCUCCACUCUAUUUACACAAAGCCAUCUCCACUUUCAUUUUACCAUCAUAUAAUCACUAUAUAUGGCUUUUUCUUCCCAUAACAAUCUAGAUGAAUCAUUUGAUCAAAUCUUUGAUGAUACAUUUGAUCAAAUCGUUGAUCAACAUUUCGAUCAAACUUUCGAAAAUUUAAUGGUUCAUGGUGAUGAAGAAGAAGCAAGGAAAAAAAGAAAAAAACGAGCCUACAUCGAAAGAAAUCGAGAAGAAGGUCAUGUACGUCUAUGGAACGAUUAUUUCAGUGAAACUCCGACGUAUCCUGAAAAUCUUUUCCGACGACGGUUAGAAUGAACAAGCCAUUGUUCAUGCACAUUAUUGAUCGACUCUCCAAUGACGUUCAAUUUUUUCGCCAAAAAAAAGAUGCUCUUGGAAAGCUUGGUCUCUCUUCACUCCAAAAGUGUACAGCGGCUAUUCGUGUAUUGGCAUAUGGUACUGCGGCUGAUACGGUCGAUGAAUACCUACGUCUCGGUGAAUCCACAACUCGUAAAUGUUUGGAAAAUUUUGUGGAAGGAAUAAUAAAUUUAUUCGGCGAUGAGUACCUACGAAGACCAACACCGGCUGAUCUUCAACGUCUACUUGAUAUUGGAGAGUAUCGUAGAUUUCCCGGGAUGAUAGGAAGCAUCGAUUGUAUGCAUUGGGAGUGGAAGAAUUGUCCCACUGCUUGGAAAGGGCAAUAUUCUCAUGGCUCGGGAAAACCAACAAUCGUUUUAGAGGCGGUUGCUUCAUAUGAUCUCUGGAUAUGGCACGCGUUUUUUGGACCGCCAGGUAUCUUAAACGAUAUCAAUGUUCUUAAUCGCUCACCAGUUUUUGAUGACAUAAUAAAGGGUUAUGCUCCACAAGUCACUUACUAUGUCAGAGAGUAUCAUAUGGCUUACUAUCUCACCGAUGGUAUUUAUCCGAAAUGGGCAACUUUUAUCCAAUCUAUUCCAUUACCACAAGGGCCGAAAGCAGUUUUAUUCGCUCAACGUCAAGAAGCUGUUCGAAAGGAUGUCGAGCGUGCUUUUGGAGUCUUGCAAGCUCGCUUUGCCAUCGUCAAAAACCCAACACUUUUUUGGGAUAAAGUCAAAAUUGGGAAGAUUAUGCGAGCAUGUAUCAUACUCCAUAAUAUGAUAGUAGAAGACGAACGGGAUGGAUACACUCAAUUUAAUGUUUCGGAGUUCCAACAAGGAGAAGACAACAGUAGUUCACAUGUGGAUCUCACGUAUUCUACAGAUAUCCCUACAAAUAUCGCCAAUAUGAUGGGUGUUCGAACUAGAAUUCGUGAUAGACAGAUGCAUCAACAACUAAAAGAUGAUUUGGUUGAACAUGUAUGACUUAAAUUUGGACGUGAAGAAGACAACAACUGAACUCGGAUGCUUCUUUCAAAUUGUUAUAGUUUA